AUGUUCUCCGUCAGGAAAGCGUCCGACCAGCUGGUCUUUGGCAACCGCGCUGGUGUCAGCUACCAGGAUUUCGCUCCUCGCAAGGAGUCCUCCGACAUCGACAUCGUCGUCCGCGUUCGCGAUCCCAUCCGCAAAUCAGUCGCAGAAUAUGUCGUGCGAGCAUCCCCUUCCCCGGAUAUUCCUCAGGGCAGCGUCUGCCUCUCGAACCACCAAAGACAGUGGUUGAAGAUCGCCCUCACAGAUCGCUUCGAUGCCGAACCCUACAGUCCUUACCAGCAAGGAGUGAAGCCCCUGAUGGCGAUGGACCUUGAACUGUCAUGGGCCUCGGCCAAGAUCAACCCCAAUUACACGUUCGACCACCAAUACAUCGAGCACCUGGUCUACGACAAGUUCCAGAACUUCGUCGUUGCUCCCGGCCAGCCCUUCCUUGCAGACAUCGAAUCCAACAAGGUGUUCUUGACCGUCAAGACCGUCACAUUGCCUGGCCAAGGGAAAGCCGAUGCUCCGAUCCAGACAUCUGACCCUCGUGCUCGGGGUGUCAUCACCUCCAGCACACUUAUGAGCCUUUUCAAGGACUCGAACUCUCCAAUGAAACUGCAAGUCGCUGACCAUCAGCAACACGCUGAACCAAUUAUCGCGCCCGACUUCAAGUUCGAAGACAUGGGUAUCGGUGGUCUUCACGACGAGUUCAACACCAUUUUCCGCAGAGCUUUCGCUUCGCGUGUCUUCCCUCCAGCCCUGGUUCAGAAGCUAGGCAUUCAGCACGUCAAGGGUAUUCUGCUCUACGGUCCUCCAGGAACCGGAAAGACGCUUAUUGCCAGACAAAUUGGCAAGAUGCUUAACGCCCGUGAGCCCAAGAUCAUUAACGGUCCUGAAGUCCUUAAUAAGUUCGUCGGUCAGUCCGAAGAGAACAUUAGAAAGAUGUUUGCAGACGCAGAGAAGGAGUACAAAGAGAAGGGCGAUCAGAGUGGCUUGCACAUUAUUAUCUUCGACGAGUUGGACGCUGUUUGCAAGCAGAGAGGUUCCGGCGCUGGAGGUGGCACUGGUGUUGGCGACAGCGUUGUUAACCAGCUUCUUACCAAGCUCGAUGGUGUUGACCAACUCAACAACAUUCUCCUCAUUGGUAUGACGAACAGAAAGGACAUGAUUGAUGAGGCUCUUUUGCGCCCGGGUCGUCUGGAGGUUCAGCUGGAGAUCAGCUUGCCAAACGAGGACGGACGAAAGGAAAUUUUCAUGAUUCACACUGCCAAGAUGCGUGACAACAACAUCAUGGACCGGAACGUGAACGUCGAUGCUCUGGCAGCUCAGACCAAGAACUACUCUGGUGCCGAGAUUUCCGGUGUAGUCAAGGCCGCGACAUCGUUUGCCUUCAACCGUCACACCGAGGUGGGCAACAGCGCCAAGAUGAAGUCUGAUGUUGCGUCGAUGAAGAUCACCAUGGAGGAUUUUGAGAACGCGCUGAACGAAGUCAAGCCUGCUUAUGGUGUUUCCGAGGAUGAGCUUUCGAACGCUCUGGGAAUGGGUAUCCUUCACUUCAACGAGAACAUUCCCGCCAUUAUCCGUACAAUCAAGGGUUACAUCGACACGGUCAACGAGUCGGACGUCCUCACCAGGAUACCUAUCCUUCUCCAUGGACCUCCCGAAUCCGGCAAAACUGCUUUGGCUGCCCACACUGCCUCGCUGUCAGACUUCCCCUUCGUCAAGCUGGUUUCCCCUCAGCAUCUGACCGCCUACCGCGACGAGUUCGGCAAGAAGGAUUACCUCACCAAGGUUUUCACCGAUGCGUAUAAGUCUGAGAAGAGUAUUGUCAUUCUGGACAACUUUGAGCAGUUGAUCGAGUGGAACCCUAUUGGACCCCGUUUCUCCAACACCGUUCUCGAUAGACUUAUCUCCCUUAUCCAAACUCAGCCGCCAAAGGGCCGCCGUAUUCUCGUCAUGGUUACGACCUCGGAACGCUUCGUUCUUGGUAACCUUGGUGUUCUCAAGCACUUCCGUCGCCAGGUGCCGGUUCCUGCCAUCUCCGACAUUCGCGAGCUCGCCCAAGUAUUGGGACAGACUCGCUCGUUCCACCCCGAAGACAUCCAGCAGAUUGUUACUGCAGUACGUAAUGACACAAGAUCAGACAAGGUUGGUCUGGGUAUCAAGACCAUUCUGGAGUCGAUUGAGGAAUCGAAGAUUGAGGCGAAGUCGGCGGGCGGCAAUCUGUUGGAAGGUCUUGCUGCAAGACUCGUCACAGCAAUUUCCUCUACAGCAUUGGAUUCGCAAUAG